GCAGCUUCGGUACUUCAUUACGGCUUCACUGGAAAGGAGGAUUCAAACUUCCGGUAGUGUCAUGGCGGCAUGGUAGUGUCUGCUAAAAAGAAAAAAAAAUAGCCAACCCCCACCGCCCAGUCCCGACAGCGGUUUCAUAGAAUUAACGGGUUGAAAAUACGAAAAAAGGCACUAUCCUUGUUGGGAUUGCAAGUAGCCCAUCGCGGCUUCCAUCCGGCCGGCCAUGGCGGCGCACAAACCCGUGGAAUGGGUUCAGGCCGUAAUUAAUAGAUUCGACGAGCAGCUUCCGGUCAAAACUGGACAGCAGAGCACCCACACCAAAGUCAGCACAGAGCACAACAAGGAAUGUCUGAUCAACAUCUCCAAGUACAAGUUCUCUCUGGUGAUCAGCGGGCUCACCAACAUCCUGAAGAAUGUGAACAACAUGAGAAUAUUUGGGGAAGCCUCAGAGAAAAACCUGUAUCUCUCUCAGCUCAUCAUCUUGGACACACUGGAGAAGUGCCUGGCAGGGCAACCCAAGGACUGCAUGCGGCUGGACGAGACCAUGCUGGUGAAGCAGCUGCUGCCGGAGAUCUGCCACUUCAUCCACACGUACCGCGAGGGGAACCAGCACGCGGCCGAGCUGCGGGCCUCCGCGUCCGGCGUCCUCUUCUCGCUCAGCUGCAACAACUUCAGCGCCGUCUUCAGCCGCAUCUCCACCAGGUUGCAGGAGCUCACGGUCUGCUCAGAGGACACGGUGGACGUGCACGACAUCGAGCUCAUACAGUACAUCAACGUGGACUGUGCCAAGCUGAAGAGGCUGCUCCAAGAAACGGUCUUUAAAUUCAAAGCACUGAAGAAGCCAGCACAGCUCAGCGUCAUCAACAGUUUGGAAAAGGCCUUCUGGAACUGGGUGGAGAACUACCCGGAUGAGUUCACCAUGCUGUACCAGCGGCCACAGUUGGACAUGGCGGACUGCGCGGAGAAGCUGUUCGACCUGGUAGACAGCUUCGCGGAGAGCGCCAAGCGGAAGGCGGCGGUCUGGCCGCUGCAGAUCAUCCUGCUCAUCCUGUGCCCCAACAUCACGCAGGACAUCUCCCGGGAGACGGUGGAGGAGAGCAAGGUCAACAAGAAGCUGUUCCUGGAGAACCUGCGGAAGGCGCUGCAGGGCCACGGGUGCAGCAAGCAGCUGACGGAGAGCGCGGCCAUCGCCUGCGUCAAGCUGUGCAAGGCCUCCACCUACAUCAACUGGGAGGACCACUCCGUCAUCUUCCUCCUGGUGCAGUCCAUCGUCGUGGACCUCAAGGCACUGCUCUUCAACCCAGCCAAACCCUUCUCACGCGGGGCGGGCAGCCAGAGCGCGGAUGUGGACCUCAUGAUCGACUGUUUCGUUUCCUGUUUCCGCAUCAACCCUCACAACAACCAGCACUUUAAGGUGUGUCUGGCCUCCUCGUCCCCGCCCACCUUCCACUUUGUCCUGGUCAACUCCCUGCACCGGAUCAUCACUAAUUCUCCCCUGGACUGGUGGCCCAAGAUUGACGCGGUGUACACGUACUCCGGCGAGCUGCGCACCAUGUUCUCAGAGACGCUGGGCCGCGUGAUGCAGGGGUACAGCACACACCCCCCCCUGCGCAUGACACCGAGUCUCACCUUUAAAGAGAAAAUGACCAGCCUUAAAUUCAAGGAGAAGACGACGGACCUGGACACCAGGAGCUACAAGUACCUGCUGCUGGCCAUAGUCAAGCUGAUCCACGCCGACCCCAAACUCAUGCUGCACAACCCCGGUAAGCAGGGCCAGGAGAUCCAGAGCAGCACAGUGGAGCUGAUCACAGGCCUGGUUCAGCUGGUUCCUCUGGCCAGCAUGGCGGAGAUCGCUCAGGAGGCCAUGGAGGCUUUGUUAGUCUUGCAUCAGCCGGAAAUCAUUGAGCUGUGGAAUCCAGACGCUCCCAUCGAGACCUUCUGGGACAUCAGCUCUCAGGUCCUGUUCUUCAUUUGUAAGAAGUUGAUUGGACACCAGAUGAUCAACAGCACAGAGAUUCUCAAGUGGCUGCGGGAGAUCCUCAUCUGCAGGAACAAAUUCCUUCUCAGGAACAAGGAGAGCGCCACCAUGGGAAGCGGGAUCCCCAUCUGCAGGCAGGCGCAGACCAAGCUGGAGGUCUGCCUCUACAUGUUCCUGUGGAGCCCCGACAUGGAGGCUGUGCUGGUGGCCAUGUCCUGCUUCCGCCACCUGUGCGAGGAGGCGGACAUCCGCUGCGGCGUGGACGAGGUGCCCGUCCAGACCAUCCUGCCCAACUACAACACCUUCAUCGAGUUCGCCUCCGUCAGCAACAUGAUGUCCACAGGUCGCACCGCCCUGCAGAAGCGAGUGAUGGCGCUGCUGAGGAGGAUAGAGCACCCCACCGCUGGAAACACAGAGGCCUGGGAGGACACACAUGCAAAGUGGGAGCACGCCACUAAAUUAAUUCUUAAUCAUCCAAAGACCAAAAUCGAGGAUGGGCAGGAGUGGAUCAACAUGACGGGCUUCCUGUGCGCCCUGGGCGGCGUGUGCCUGCAGCAGCGCAGCAUGCCCGGCCUGGCCACCUACAGCCCGCCCAUGGGCCCCCUGAGCGAGCGCAAGGGCUCCAUGGUCUCCAUGGGCUCCGGCGAGGGCAACGUGGACACGCCCCUCAGCAAGUUCCUGGACCGGCUGCUGUCGCUCAUGGUGUGCAGCCACGAGAAGGGCCUGCAGAUCCGCACCAACGUCAAGGACAUGGUUGGGCUGGAGCUGAGCCCCGCCCUCUACCCCAUGCUCUUCAACAAGCUGAAGAACAGCAUCAGCCGCUUCUUCGACGCGCAGGGCCCGGUGCCCAUAAAUGACACCAACACUCAGUUUGUGGAGCAGACCAUCGCCAUCAUGAAGAACCUGCUGGAUAACCACACGGAGGGCAGCUCUGAGCACCUGGGGCAGGCCAGCAUUGAGACCAUGAUGCUCAACCUGGUCAGGUACGUGCGCAUCUUGGGAAACAUGGUGCACGCCAUCCAGAUCAAGACCAAGCUGUGCCAGCUGGUGGAGGUGAUGAUGGAGCGCAGGGACGACCUCUCCUUCUGCCAGGAGAUGAAGUUCAGGAAUAAGAUGGUGGAGUACCUGACGGACUGGGUGAUGGGGACGUCCAACCAGGCGGCGGACGAUAACGUGAAGUGCCUGACGCGGGACCUGGACCAGGCCAGCAUGGAGGCGGUGGUGUCGCUGCUGGCCGGGCUGCCCCUCCAGCCAGAGGAGGGCGACGGCGUGGAGCUGAUGGAGGCCAAGUCCCAGCUCUUCCUCAAGUACUUCACCCUGUUCAUGAACCUGCUGAACGACUGCAGCGAGGUGGAGGACGACGGGCAGCAGGUGGGCGGGCGCAAGCGGGGCAUGUCCCGCCGUCUGGCGUCCCUGCGCCACUGCACCGUGCUGGCCAUGUCCAACCUGCUCAACGCCAACGUGGACAGCGGCCUCAUGCACUCCAUCGGCUUGGGCUACCACAAGGACCUCCAGACCCGAGCCACCUUCAUGGAGGUGCUGACCAAAAUCCUGCAGCAGGGCACGGAGUUCGACACGCUGGCCGAGACCGUCCUGGCCGACCGCUUCGAGAGGCUGGUGGAGCUGGUCACCAUGAUGGGGGACCAGGGAGAGCUGCCCAUCGCCAUGGCGCUGGCCAACGUGGUGCCUUGCUCUCAGUGGGACGAGCUGGCCCGGGUGCUGGUGACCCUCUUCGAUUCUCGCCACCUGCUGUACCAGCUGCUGUGGAACAUGUUCUCCAAGGAAGUGGAGCUGGCCGACUCCAUGCAGACGCUCUUCAGAGGAAACAGCCUGGCCAGUAAAAUCAUGACCUUCUGUUUCAAGGUGUAUGGCGCCACCUACCUGCAGAAGCUGCUGGAGCCCCUGCUCAGAGGGGUCAUCACGGCCCCCGAGUGGCAGAUGAUCAGCUUCGAGGUGGACCCCACCAGGCUGGAGCCGACGGAGAUCCUGGAGGACAACCAGCGCAACCUGCUGCAGAUCACCAACCGCUUCUUCCUGGCCAUCAUCAACUCCUCCAGCGAGUUCCCGCCGCAGCUGCGCAGCGUGUGCCACUGCCUGUUCCAGGCAACUUGCCACUCUCUACUGAAUAAAGCGACAGUUAAGGAAAAAAAGGAAAGCAAAAAAUCAGUGGUCAGCCAGCGCUUUCCCCAGAACAGCAUCGGCGCCGUGGGCAGCGCCAUGUUCCUGCGCUUCAUCAACCCCGCCAUCGUCUCGCCGUACGAGGCGGGCAUCCUGGACAAGAAGCCGCCGCCCCGCAUCGAGAGGGGCCUCAAGCUCAUGUCCAAAAUUCUGCAGAGCAUCGCCAAUCACGUUCUGUUUACCAAGGAGGAGCACAUGAGGCCGUUCAACGACUUCGUGAAGAGCAACUUCGAUGCGGCGCGACGGUUUUUCCUGGACAUCGCCUCCGACUGCCCGGCCAGCGACUCGGUCAACCACAGCCUGUCCUUCAUCAGCGACGGCAACGUGCUGGCCCUCCACCGCCUGCUUUGGAACAACCAGGAGAAGAUCGGACAGUACCUGUCCAGCAACCGGGACCACAAGGCUGUGGGCAGGAGGCCGUUCGACAAGAUGGCCACGCUCCUGGCUUACCUGGGGCCCCCGGAACACAAGCCCGUCGCCGACACGCACUGGUCCAGCCUCAACCUCACCAGCUCCAAGUUCGAGGAGUUCAUGACCAGGCACCAGGUCCACGAAAAAGAGGAAUUCAAAGCUCUCAAGACUCUUAACAUCUUCUACCAGGCUGGGACCUCCAAGAACGGGAACCCUGUCUUCUACUACAUCACGCGCAGGUUUAAGACGGGCCAGAUCAACGGCGACCUGCUCAUCUACCACGUGCUGCUCACCCUGAAGCCCUACUACGCCAAGCCCUACGAGAUCGUGGUGGACCUGACCCACGCCGGGCCCAGCAACCGCUUCAAGACCGACUUCCUGUCCAAGUGGUUCGUGGUGUUCCCGGGCUUCGCCUACGAGAACGUGGCGGCCAUCUACAUCUACAACUGCAACUCGUGGGUGCGGGAGUACACCAAGUACCACGAGCGUCUGCUCACGGGCCUCAAGGGCAGCAAGAAGCUGCUGUUCAUCGACUCCCCGGCCCGGCUGGCCGAGCACGUGGAGCCCGACCAGCAGAAGCUGCCCGCGGCCACGCUGGCCCUGGAGGAGGACCUCAAGGUGUUCCACAACGCCCUCAAGCUGGCCCACAAGGACACCAAGGUCUCCAUUAAGGUGGGCUCCACGGCCGUGCAGGUGACGUCGGCGGAGCGCACGCGCGUCCUGGGCCAGUCCGUCUUCCUCAACGACAUCUACUACGCCUCGGAGAUCGAGGAGAUCUGCCUGGUGGACGAGAACCAGUUCACCCUGACCAUCGCCAACCAGGGCACGCCGCUCACCUUCAUGCACCAGGAGUGCGAGGCCAUCGUCCACUCCAUCAUCCACAUCCGCACGCGCUGGGAGCUGUCCCAGCCCGACUCCAUCCCCCAGCACACCAAAAUCCGCCCCAAAGACGUGCCCGGCACCCUGCUCAACAUCGCCCUGCUCAACCUGGGCAGCUCCGACCCCAGCCUCAGGUCCGCGGCCUACAACCUGCUCUGCGCCCUCACCUGCACCUUCAACCUGAAGAUCGAGGGCCAGCUGCUGGAGACGUCCGGCCUGUGCAUCCCGGCCAACAACACGCUCUUCAUCGUCUCCAUCAGCAAGACGCUGGCGGCCAACGAGCCGCACCUCACGCUGGAGUUCCUGGAGGAGUGCAUCUCCGGCUUCAGCAAGUCCAGUAUCGAGCUCAAGCACCUGUGCCUGGAGUACAUGACGCCCUGGCUGCUCAACCUGGUGCGCUUCUGCAAGCACAACGACGACGCCAAGCGCCAGCGCGUCACCGCCAUCCUGGACAAGCUCAUCACCAUGACCAUCAACGAGAAGCAGAUGUACCCCUCCAUCCAGGCCAAGAUCUGGGGCAGCCUGGGACAGAUAACGGACCUGCUGGACGUGGUGCUGGACAGCUUCAUCAAGACCAGCGCCACCGGCGGCCUGGGCUCCAUCAAGGCGGAGGUGAUGGCGGACACCGCCGUGGCGCUGGCGUCGGGCAACGUCAAGCUGGUGUCCAGUAAGGUGAUCAUCAGGAUGUGCAAGAUCAUCGACAAGACGUGCCUGUCGCCCACGCCCACGCUGGAGCAGCACCUGAUGUGGGACGACAUCGCCAUCCUGGCCCGCUACAUGCUCAUGCUCUCCUUCAACAACUCGCUGGACGUGGCCACGCACCUGCCCUACCUCUUCCACGUGGUGACCCUGCUGGUGGCCACGGGGCCCCUCUCGCUGCGCGCCUCCACCCACGGCCUGGUCAUCAACAUCAUCCACUCGCUCUGCACCUGCUCCCAGCUCAACUUCAGCGAGGAGACGAAGCAGGUCCUGAGGCUCAGCCUGACCGAGUUCUCCCUGCCCAAGUUCUACCUGCUCUUCGGCAUCAGCAAGGUCAAGUCCGCCGCGGUCAUCGCCUUCCGCUCCAGCUACCGCGACCGCUCCUUCUCCCCGGGGUCGUACGAGAGGGAGACCUUCGCCCUGUCCUCGCUGGAGACUGUCACCGAGGCUCUUCUGGAGAUAAUGGAGGCCUGCAUGAGAGACAUCCCAUCAUGCAAGUGGCUUGACCAGUGGACGGAGCUGGCACAAAAGUUUGCGUUCCAGUACAAUCCGUCCCUGCAGCCGAGGGCCCUGGUGGUGUUCGGGUGCAUCAGCAAGCGCGUGUCGCACGGGCAGAUCAAGCAGAUCAUCCGCAUCCUCAGCAAGGCAAGUCCUCUGCUCAGCAUCGACCGGGGUCUAGAGAGCUGCCUAAAGGGCCCAGAUAAUUACAACAGCCAGGUGCUAAUAGAGGCCACUGUCAUUGCCCUGACUAAACUGCAGCCGCUUCUCAACAAGGACUCCCCCAUGCACAAGGCCCUGUUCUGGGUGGCAGUGGCGGUGCUGCAGCUGGACGAGGUCAACCUGUACUCAGCCGGGACGGCCCUGCUGGAGCAGAACCUGCACACCCUGGACAGCCUGCGUGCCUUUAACGACAAGAGCCCGGAGGAGGUCUUCAUGGAGAUUCGCAAGCCGCUGGAGUGGCACUGCAAGCAGAUGGAUCACUUCGUGGGCCUCAACUUCAACUCCAACUUCAACUUUGCACUAGUGGGCCACCUGCUGAAAGGGUACCGGCACCCCUCCCCCACCACGGUGGCCCGGACGGUGCGCAUCCUCCACACGCUGCUGGCGCUGGUGGGGAAGCACCUGAACUGCGACAAGUUCGAGGUGAACACGCAGAGCGUGGCGUACCUGGCAGCUCUGCUCACCGUCUCAGAGGAGGUGCGCAGCCGCUGCAGCCUGAAGCACAGGAAGUCGCUGCUGCUCUCCGAGGUUGCCAUGGAGAAUGUUCCCAUGGACACGUACUCGGUGCAUCCCAACGACCCCAGCUGCAGGACUCUGCGGGAGAGCCAGCCCUGGGCGUCGCCCAAAGUGUCGGAGCGCUACCUGGCGGCUCACUAUCCCACGGUGGGCCAGAUAAGCCCUCGCACGCGCAAGUCCAUGAGCCUGGACAUGGGCCAGCCCUCCCAAGCCAACACCAAGAAACUGCUGGGCACGAGGAAGAGUUUCGACCACUUGAUAUCGGACACGAAAGCACCAAAGAGGCCAGAGAUGGAAUCUGGCAUCACCACGCCCCCCAAGAUGCGGAGAGUGGCCGAGUACGAUCCUGAUAUAGAGACCCAAAGAAUAGCCAAUUCACAGCACCACCACCUGCGCAAGGUGUCCGUGUCGGAGUCCAACGUGCUGCUGGACGAGGAGGUUCUCACGGACCCCAAGAUCCAGGCGCUGCUUCUCACCGUCUUGGCCACGUUGGUGAAAAACACAACAGAUGAAUUUGACCAGAGGAUCCUCUAUGAGUUUUUAGCUGAAGCUAGUGUUGUCUUCCCAAAGGUCUUUCCAGUUGUCCACAACCUACUGGACUCGAAGAUAAAUACCCUUCUAUCACUGUGCCAAGACCCCAAUCUCCUGAACCCCAUCCACGGCAUCGUGCAGAGUGUGGUGUACCACGAGGAGUCCCCUCCCCAGUACCAGCCUUCAUACCUGCAGAGCUUCGGGUUCAACGGGUUGUGGAGGUUCCGGCCCUUAUUAAGCACCCCCACGUGCCAAACUCAGAUCCCCGACUACGCUGAGCUGAUUGUGAAAUUUUUGGACGCUUUGAUUGACACCUACCUGCCGGGGAUCGAUGAGGAGACCAGCGAAGAGUCGCUGCGGACGCCCACGUCGCCGUACCCGCCGCCUGUCCAGAGCCAGCUCAGCAUUACCGCCAACCUCAACCUCUCCAACUCCAUGACCUCACUCGCCACUUCUCAGCACUCCCCAGCUUCUUCUCUGCCUUGCUCUAAGUCUGCCGUUUUUGCGCCGCUCCUCGCCUGUCCAGGCAUCGAUAAGGAGAACGUGGAGCUGUCCCCCAAGCGGGCACAGCAGCAGCGGGCGCACGCGGCACGGCUCUGCCAGCCAGGUGCAGAAGCAGCGCAGCGCGGGCAGCUUCAAGAGACCCAGCAUCAAGAAGAUCGUGUGAGGGGAGGAGCCAGAACAACCCCGCCCCCCCUCCCCGGGCUCUGGCCCCUCCCACGCCAGUCGUCCUGCUGCAAAUUCUCUUCUGUCCCCUCCCCCCCCCCCUUUUUUUUAAGUUUUCGUUUUUUUUUUUCCUUUUCGUUCUUUCUUUUCCAUUUUGUAUGUUUUUGUUUAUCCUUGCCAAGUUUGCCUGACGAUCAACAUUUAUUGAAGAACUGCUUGAAUUUAAAGCAUUAUUUUGUUUUUUCUGUUGUCUUUUUUUUUUUUUUUUUAAAGCCAGUCAGUGUUUGAGGCGUAAAGAAAAACAAAUCCCCUCCACCUGCCCACCCUUUGGUUUGUGUGCUGGAUGCAUUCAUUUACAGGAAGUGGAUUAGACAGGACUUCUUUUUUUGUAUAUAUUUUAGCUGAAGGAAAGCACUAAAUUUCACAACACUGCAGACAGUGGUCAUGUGUAAGCUAUUAUUGCUCCGAGUCUUUGCUCUUUUCUUUCUUUUGUUUUUUUUUAGCUCAGAAAUGGAGAGUGAAUGAAAGGCAUUUUCUGUCAUUUGCACAGUUUCCCCACAGAGUGGCUGUUUUAUCUGCGAUGGAUUGGGAAUGUACGCGGGGUGGAGGAGUCUGCUGGUGACGCGCGUCUCUGCAUUUCUCCGCUGAGAGUCAGGACUGUAGAGCUCAAAGAAUAGACUCCCCGCUAGUCUUGGGUGGCACACCGGUCGGUACUGGCUGGCGUUCGAACUCAUCUUUGUUUUCCUUGUUUUCUUUUAAAGCCAAUGGGGGUAACUUGAUCUCAGUGCUUGCAUAGGGGGCAGCGAACUGGAUUUAGGGUUUAUGUUCACGUUCUGCGUUUGCCAGAGAGUGUAGAGUGUCUUCGGCAGGAUCCUGAAAUGCGCAGCGACUAACUGUGCGCUGAAGGAGAGCUUAAAAAACCCAUCUCCACCAAAGCCGAGGGGAUCGAUGGCCCCUGCUUUACCUUUGCCUUCGGCUGUUCGGUACUACAACUGGGAAAUGAUGUAUGUAAGUGUCUCUAUAAGAAGGGUGGGGCGGUGGGGUCCCCAAAUAUUUAAAAAAAAGUUUUAAUCUGUCGUUGCAAAAGCCAAUUAAGAAAGGACCAUUUUAAAGAUAACGAUGAUUAUAAUAAUCAAGGACGUGCAUGCACACACAGUAUUGGAUGUCUUGCCAGAUGGUUAUAGAUUUGGGGAGAGACGGCAAACCUUUCCUUUGGAAAGUGAGAACAGGUACGAGAAAAUAACACUAAAAAAGUGCUGUCCUUACCCCACUGAAAGUGUUUCUAGUAGCAGGCCUUGCAAGCAUGGAAACCAUUCUUAAGUUUUUCUUAGCAGUUACGGAAGGGCUGAUUUCUUCUUGGAAAACGGAAAAUCCACCUUGAACUUUUAGACAGAUAGGAACACGUGAAGUCUGUCCUGCUAGGGACAGUAGAUGAGGUGUCCUGCUUGGACACUCAGCUCUGCCUGAUGCUAGAAAGCUGUAAGGAUAUUGACAUGACACUGUCCAUGUAAAAUGUGCACACAGCGAUGAUCAGCAUUAUAAAUUCUUAUGAAAGGCAAAUAUACAAUCAAUACCCACUUGCCUGAAGGUAAUUGCCCCGGAUAACUGAAUAUUCAGCACAACUGUUGAAUAUUCAUUAUUUAUUCAUUCAAACCCAACUGACAGCAAGAUGCUAGGUUAAGCAUGUAAAUAUUGAAGCACCUUUAUUGAUUAAACUAAUGAUAGUUACAAUGCUGUCAUUUUAUUUGUUUAAAGUACAGAAGAUACAAUUCUAAUAUGCUAAAAUGAAUUUGCCAAAAACACAUUUGAGACUGAGAGGGUUGGAAUAUUGAUAUAUAUAUAAAGGUAAAUAUGUCAUAAUGGUCUGCUGUUGAUUGACAGUUUCAGUGAAAGUAGUCCUAAAACAAACAUGCCAAGAAAAUGUGAAAGAUUGGAGCCACAGGAGGCGAUGGGAUUCGGCUUGCUGUGUGACACUGUCAGGUGGACCGGUCAGAGGUUUGCCGUUGUUGGGGGGGGGUUUUGCUGUGCCUGUGAAGGUUUGAGAAACGGCUCACUGCCGACUGCCUGUAGGGACCCUCAGCCCGCAGCUCAAGUCUUCGUUAACUCCCAUGAGUCAGUGCGGCAUCCCCCCCAGGGGUUCGGCACCGAAUACCUGAGAACGGGAAAAUCAACAAACGGAAAAUUUCAAACUAAUCACUGAUUUUAUCUUUGGUUUUUUUUUUUUUUUUUUUGACUCCAUCUUGCCUUCCUCUGGCCGUAUUGUAGGUUUGAUUGCAUUGCAGAGGGACCCUCGCUCUGCGGGCUGUCCGUCACACUGGCCCCGCCUCCCUCGGCCUCUGUCGUACAGCGGGACUGGGGGGGGAAGCCAUUGGCUGCGGAGGGACCUAACUCUGCAGUGAACGCUCGCGCUCUGGACCGCGGGUCAAAAGCUGGGAUCUUGUUUUGUCGCUGGCAGUUACGUCCACAAUAUAAUUCCAGUUGUGGUUUCCCAAAGCCAUUUUCUCUCUUUUCUUUUUUGAGAAACAGUCUCGCCUAGGCCCUGUUUGCAGGUUCUGAUGUUGAAUUAAUAAGAAACAGUAUGGGGAGAGCAGCAAAAAAAAAAGGUGUGAAUAGCUGGUGUGACUCAUUGGCUAAACUCAAUCUGAAGCUUCUGAAAAACCAUGCGGUUGUCUUAAACAACAGAAGUGCUUUUUUGUCAUCUUGUUUAUUUAUCAUAUUGGUGUGCAGAACCAUAUUCAAAAGUAUAUUGGGGGGGGGAAAAAGCGAAAAGCUAAAAAAUGCACUCACUCAGUAGUUCUUGGUAAGCAGUUAAUCUGAUUAUGUGUGUUGGCUCUGUAGAGAGAGCAAAUGAACCCUGUAUAAUAAAUUAGUCGUGCUCAGUAGGUGAAUUUUGUUUACAUGUUUUAUAUACUUGAAUCUGGAGGAUACAUGUCUAUUUAAAGCAGUCCUCCUUCUCAAAGAGAGCAUGCUAAGGGAAAACUAAAAAAAAAAAAAAAAAAAGGCUUUCAAAACUAAACAACAAGGCUACCAAACACAGUCUGACAAAGUGUUACACAGUGCGAUGUGGUGUAUGGAAAGCCCAAAGUCUUGGAACUACAGUAAAGUUCAAGAAUAAGCUCCUAUACCACUUAGCUUGAAGGCAAACUAUCUCAAAUAGAAAUGUAGUCAGCCUUGUAGUAGCUUGACUUUGCUUUCAGUAAAAGGCUUGUAGGUUGGGGGUUGUGCGCAAACCUUAUAAUUGAGAAACUAUGGACCAAGCCAUGAACUGCAAACUGCAAGGAUAUUUCUCCUCUUUUUUUUUUUUCUUCCUUUUAGACAAAAUACAUUUUUAAUAAAACUCAAGCCAAAAGAAUGGUCUAGAACCAGGUUUCUAGGUUGCGUUCUGGGUCUUUGCGUUUCUCGCUACUUUGCGUCUGCUGCAGGCUACUCCAUAUUGCUACAGAGGAUGAUGCAGGUCUGUCUGUCUGAUGAGGUUUUCUACAUACACCUUUUAUUUUUUUUAUUUUUGGGGCCAAGUCCAUACUGUGGACUUUGUAUGGCCUGUUAUGCCUGUCUGUUUUUCUUCAUGCAUGAUAACAAUUACUUUAUCACAUUUAUAAGUUGCUUAUUGGCAGUGUCCCGGAUCUUUUGUGGGGGUAUUCAGAAAGUUUAUUUUACUGGGAAUUUUUUUUACCUCCCAAUGUCAGAUUUAGACAGUAUUUGAAAGAAGUCUGGACUGAAUGAUAGAAAUGGGUGUUUCAGUUUUUUUUUUUGUCAUCCUCGAUCCUGUGACAGGGUUGUCAUAAUUUGUUCUACAGUUGUAUCUUCCAGCAAUAUUGUGCCAGCAGAAUUUCCUUAAAGAUUGUGAGCUCACCAAGUACAAAGUGCGCCUUCAGAAUACCUUAAAUGGCCUAAACCUUUAAAUGUAUCGGCAGUGAAAAUUAGUUUUGGGUGGAUUAAACCGUGCCCCAUACAGCUUGCGUUUGAUUUUGUUUUUCUAAAGGAGUGCAAAUCCCAGGUAUGAAGUCUCCGGUUCCCCGCGCCUGUUCGUAUUCCCCCUCAGUACAGAGCUGUUAAACGUCCUGCCAGGAUAGCGUCAGGAGCCAUUUAGCAUGUCUGGAACAUUCCUCGAGUCCCUUUCCUAUACACAAAAUACUGAACACGUUUUACUUCACAGAAUACUGGAACCUGAACAGUAGACACUUCAUCAGUUGUAUUCUCUCAGUGGGUUUGAUUUGCCACACUGUACCACAAUUGCAUUGUGUCCUGAUUUUUUUUUUUUUUAAUUUUAUAUAUAUAUAUGAAUAUGGUCAACUUAUGUGGACAAAGAUGGUGCCAAUUCACUGACAAGAAAAAAAAAAUCUUUAAUGGGGAAAGUACUGUGCUCGAGUGAACAGAACAGAGCGUUUGGUGGGACUAUCGAGAGAAAUCUGUUGUUUCUUCACUCUGCGGGACCCAGGCCCGAUGGGUCCAGCCGGUAGCAUGCUGACAGGGUGCCAGGAUUCAGAGCACGAAACAGACAAAGCCACAGCCUUUUUUAUUUUUGGGGGGUGGGAGGGUGGGGGGGUGGGGGGGUUGAAUGAGCUGUGUGUAUAGUGGUAGACUUGCACUAUUCCAAACCGCAGUCAAACAUUUUGUUCUGUAAAGUGUAAUGACCUAAAAUUAGGCACGUCUUACUCAAUGUUAUGCAAAACGGAUUUUUUGCCACAUUUUGAGCGUUGGCCACACUUUCUGUUUAAGCUGUACGCUUCACCUCUGUAAAUAUUUUUGUGUAAAAUUUGACAGAAAGGUAUAUUUACUACACUGUAAAUACAUGUGACGAUAUAUUGUAUUAUUUUGCUUUUUGUAAAGCAGUUAGUUGCUGUACAUGUAUAACAUACAAAUUGAAUUAUUCUAGUGUUAGGUAUAACCUCUUUCUCUCUCAUUCUCUCUUGCUCUCGCUCUCUCUUUCUCUCUCUCUCUCUCUCUCCACCAUCACUGCAUUGUCAUUAAACAUAUUGAGGAAAAACAAAAGUUAAACCAAGAGAAUAUAAAUGACUGUGUAUUUUACACCCAUACUGUAUAAUAAGUUGCUGUCCUCAUUGAACCUCACAAUUACAAAUGCUACCCUAAUAAAAAAUAAAAAAAACAUUUCAAUCUUGUUCAUGCUGUGUGGCAAACUCAUGCCAGGGAACUUGACAAACUGCUGUUAACAUUGGAUAUGUUACCUGUAGAUCCCAUUUUAGAAAUCAUUGUUUGAAAACUAGCUCCCACCCACUUCUCCUUUGCCAUGUAUGUCCCUCAAUGUAUGUAUUCCUUUUUUGGAAGUAAAAUGUAAAUUCAACCUGUUAAA